ACUGACUAUAAGUAAAGUCAGCUUAGUUUGUUUUAUUUCUGGAAAAAAUUUCUAUAAAUCCCAAAAUUUUAUCCAACAUACUCAAGAAAUACAGAAACAAAGUAGAAAGCCAGACAUAGAAAGGAAUGGGAAUAGUUCAGAAGCCUCUUGUUCUGCUACUAUUUCAUGUUCUUUUCAUCUCUGUACUUGCACUAAAUAUAACAUCAUCACCAACAACUGAAGCAGAAGCUCUUGUUGAAUGGAAGAACAGUUUAUCACCUUCUUCUUCACUUGAUUCUUGGUCCUUAAACAAUGUGAAGAAACUUUGUAGAUGGACUGGCAUUACAUGCAAUAUUGCAGGACGAGUCUCGAAGCUCAACAUUUCCAGUCAGAAACUCAGUGGAACACUUGCUCACUUCAGUUUCUCUUUGUUUCCAAAACUCACUUUCUUGGACUUGAGCAGCAACAACUUUUCAGGGGGUAUACCCGCGGAGAUUGGAAAUCUAACACACCUUCAGUACCUCAACUUCGACGACAACUAUCUCAAUGGUAUCAUUCCUUACCAAAUUAGUCAUCUUCAGAAGUUAAAAUUUCUAGACUUGGGAUCAAACAACUUGCUUAAUCCAAACUGGGAAAAAAUUUCAAACAUGCCAUCUUUGACACACCUCAACCUAUACUACAAUGAACUUGCUUUGGAAUUCCCAUCUUUCAUAAUUAGUUCGAGGAAGUUAACUUUUCUUGAUUUAUCACAGAAUAUGUUAACAGGGUCCAUACCUGAAUCAAUGUUUACCAACUUAGCUAAUCUUGAAGUUCUCAGUUUAAAAGAUAAUUUAUUUCAAGGUUCACUUCCAAAGACACUAGCCAAUCUUUCCAAGCUAAAGGAACUUCACCUUGGAAGGAAUAACUUCUCAGGGUCUAUUCCUGACAGUAUAGGUCUUCUACAUAAACUUCAGGUUCUUGAAUUGGACCGAAAUUCAUUUGUAGGACAUAUUCCGUCUUCUAUAGGUCGACUGAGGAAGCUUCAAACACUAAAUCUUGAUGAAAAUUCUCUGAACUCUAGUAUACCUCCCGAGCUUGGAUCGUGUACCAAGCUCACCUUCUUGGCUCUUGCUGUGAAUUUGCUAACUGGAACAUUGCCUUUGUCCUUUUCAAAUCUUAAACAGAUAUCUGAACUAGGUCUAUCGGAUAAUUUCCUGUCUGGUGAGCUCUCACCUCAUUUCAUUAGCAACUGGACUAAGUUAACAUCACUGCAGGUUCAAAACAAUAACUUCACCGGAACUAUUUUUCCUGAAAUUGGUAUGUUGGCAAAUCUUACAUACCUGUUUCUGUAUGGUAAUAGCCUCACAGGACCUAUUCCUCGUGAGAUUGGGAAUUUGAAAGAGCUUCUGAAAUUAGACCUGUCGGGAAACCAUCUAGCAGGUUCAAUUCCAUCAACAAUUGGGAAUCUCACCAGUUUGGUGACUUUAAAUUUGUUCAACAACAUUCUUAGCGGACCUAUUCCACCUGAGAUUGGUAAAUUAGCCCUGCUGGAAACUCUUGAUCUUAACAAUAACCAAUUGUAUGGAGAGGUUCCUGAUUCCAUUGUUGACUUGAGUAACUUGCAGGCAUUGGUUUUAUUUAACAAUAGAUUAUCUGGAAGCAUUCCGAAGAAUUUGGGAAUAAAUAGUCCCCACUUGUCAUUUGUUGGCUUUUCUAAGAACAGUUUCUCUGGGGCAUUGCCAGAAGGAUUGUGUAGUGGCUUCGCUUUUGAAGAUUUGUCAGUAAAUGAAAACAAUUUUUCUGGGACUUUGCCAAUGUGCUUGAGAAACUGCUCCAAACUGAAUAGAGUCAGACUUGAUGAGAACCGGUUCUCUGGAAAUGUUUCUGAAGCAUUUGGUUUUCACCCCAGUCUUGUUUUCAUUUCUUUGAGUGGAAAUAAGUUUACAGGUGAACUCUCAUCCGAGUGGGGUAAAUGUAAAAAUCUUACAAAUAUGGUAAUGUCAAGAAACAAAAUUUCAGGUGCCAUCCCAGCUGAGCUUGGAAACUUGAAGCAAUUGCAAGAUUUACAGCUGGAAUCAAAUGAGUUGACAGGUAAAAUUCCAACUGAACUGGGGAAUUUGGUAUUUUUGCUCAAACUCGACGUGAGCAAUAAUCAUUUGACUGGAGAAAUCCCUCAGAGUUUAGGCAAACUAUCGAAGCUCCAGCAUCUUGAUUUGUCUACAAACAAAAUGGAAGGAAGCAUACCAAAAGAGCUUGGCAACUGUGUGAGCUUAUUGAGCUUGAGCUUAGGCCAGAACAGUUUUUCAGAAGAAAUACCGUCUGAACUUGGCAAUUUGAGUCAACUGCAGAUUAUAAUGGACCUGAGUAGCAAUUCACUUUCGGGCACCAUCCCUUCUGACUUGGGAAACCUGAAGUUACUGAAGAAUUUUAAUCUUUCACAAAACCAUCUCUCAGGUCCAAUAUUUUCUUCACUAUCCACCGACAUGUCUAGCUUGCAAACGAUUGAUUUUUCCUACAAUAACCUGUCUGGCCCUAUACCCUUGUUUCAACGAGACAUGGAGGAAUAUUUCAUAGGAAAUUCACUUCUGUGCGGAGAUGCAAUAGGAUUGUCCCCAUGCCUGUCCUCAGCUUUUAUGCAAGUCCAGUAAGAAGGUCGUCACUCGUGCAGUUGUUAGCCUCUUAGUUGUCAGGAUGAUAUUCAUUGUAUGAAGUUUUAUGUGUAAAAAAGAAUCAAACAUUGUAAUUUAGAGCCAAUCAAUUCAGAGAAAUUUCAG